UGGACAGUGGAACAAACUCUUAUGCUCAGUGAAAUUGACUGAAGGAACCUGGACAACAUAAAAAAUUAAAUAUGAUGAAAAAUGAGGAAACAAGUUUUAAUGUGGACUCUACAGGAGCCUCUCCCUUCUCCCAUUGCCUGCAGCAGCUGAGUCCUGUCACAAAACCACACAGAACAACUCCGUUUGGUGAAGAAUUCAGAUCACAUCUCUCACACUUCCGCUAUGGCCCUCCUCCUCUUGGAGACAUGGAAACAUUCCAGGGGUCCUUGGAAGGAGGGUCUCGGAAACGCAAGAGUAUGCCAACAAAAAUGCCUCCUUCUAUCCCUCUUGAGGGUUCCUCAUCACCACCUGACAGACCUGAAGAUCACAAUGACAUAGGCUCUUCUAGUCUUCCCUUGGUGUUCCAACAGCCAGCACAGCCCAAGUACAGUUCCCAGAUGAUUGACCUCUGCAGUUUUGGUUUUCAGUUCUAUAGAACUCUGGAGCACUUGGGAGCCAAGCCCAUCAAGCAAGAACCAGUGAAGCCUAACAUGUCAUGGCCCAGUAGCCCAGCGUUCAUGCAGACUCCUUACUCUUAUUAUCCCAAAGUUCACCCCGGUUUAAUGUUUCCUUUUAUUGUGCCACCAAACUUUCAUUUCAGGAAUCCCUUUCAAGUGAAAAGACCUGCAGAGCCAUCAUUCAGGAGGGCUGAAGUAAGAGAAGGUGGUGAAAAUAAGCAGAAAGUGGAAAGAGUAGAUGUCAACCUUCAGAUAGAUGACAGUUACUAUGUUGAUGUGGGAGGGGAACAGAAACGCUGGCAAUGUCCUAUGUGUGAGAAGUCUUAUACAUCCAAGUACAAUUUGGUCACCCACAUCUUGGGACACAGCGGCAUUAAGCCACAUGCUUGCACCCGAUGUGGCAAGCUUUUCAAGCAGCUGAGCCACUUGCACACACACAUGUUGACACACCAGGGCACUCGGCCACAUAAGUGCCAGGUAUGCCACAAGGCUUUCACUCAAACCAGCCACCUUAAGAGACACAUGAUGCAACACAGUGACAUCAAGCCUUACAACUGCAGGAUCUGUGGCAGAGGUUUUGCUUACCCUAGUGAACUGAAAGCACAUGAGUCUAAGCAUGAAAGUGGCCGAGAGAACAUUUGUGUGGAGUGUGGUCUGGACUUUCCAACACUGGCUCAGCUGAAGAGACACUUAACAACCCACCGUGGCCCUAUACAGUACAAUUGCACUGAAUGUGAUAAGACCUUCCAGUAUCCAAGUCAGCUGCAAAACCACAUGAUGAAGCACAAAGAUAUUCGCCCAUACAUCUGUACUGAAUGUGGCAUGGAGUUUGUGCAGCCCCACCACCUCAAGCAACACUCCCUAACUCACAAGGGUGUGAAAGAGCACAAAUGUGGAAUUUGUGGCCGGGAAUUUACGCUACUGGCCAACAUGAAGCGACAUGUCCUCAUCCACACCAAUAUCAGAGCCUAUCAAUGCCAUUUGUGCUUCAAGAGCUUCGUGCAAAAGCAGACACUCAAGGCCCACAUGAUUGUUCACUCUGAUGUCAAACCCUUUAAAUGCAAGCUGUGUGGAAAGGAAUUUAACAGAAUGCAUAAUUUAAUGGGACACAUGCACUUGCACUCAGACAGCAAGCCCUUCAAGUGCCUCUACUGUCCCAGCAAAUUCACGUUGAAGGGGAACCUAACCAGACACAUGAAAGUCAAACAUGGGGUCAUGGAAAGAGGAUUUAAUGCUCAAGGUUUUGGAAGAGGAAGAAUUGCUCUGUCUCAGACAAAUGCUUUGAGAAGCUUGGAACAGGAAGAGCCCUUUGAUCUUUCCCGGAAAAGCCAAGGGAGGGGAUUCUCAUUUCAUUCGGAUGGUGAGAGUGUCAAGGGAAGCUCAUACCAGGAAGAGGAAGAUAACAGCUAUGAGGCAGAGCAGUACAGUCCUGACAUGUAUCACCACAAUGACAACAAGCUGUAUGUGGCUCAAGAUCUGUCUGGCAAACCUGAGUGCCUGACGAAGGACUUCAGAGAGUCCUAUUGCAAUGAGAAGGAAGAAGUGCUAAGCGAGGGACAACUGCAGAAGAGAACAGGAAGUUCAGACAAACAGGAGAGCCAAGGAGAGGCAGACCUUGCAAACAACAAAUGCCUCAGCUUCAGAUCCUUUGAAAAGGCCAGACUUGGCCACUCUCUCUCUGAUUACUUGUAUUUAAAGUACAGGAACAAGAGUACAAAAGAAUUGCUGGAAAGAAAAAUGGAAAAACAAACAAUGCUUAUAGGCAUUUAAAAUGGACAUUUAAAAACAGCUGGAAGAUGGGAACCAGAUAACUUUUAACAUGAACUGUAAUUUACCAAAGAUUGGAAUUUUGUAGUAGUCUUGAGAAAUAAACAAGCCUAAGUGAUAAAAAUAAUUUAAGGUAAACCACAUACAUCAAAAGAAUAAAGCAGUCCAAGGUCCUGUCAUCAACAAAUGCAACAGACAUUGAACAGUAACAUUUUCAUACUUAUCCAUUUGAUGUAUAAGCAGAAAAUGGGGUGGGUAUGGACGUUUAUUUUUUCUUUAUCGGCGUGAUAAGAGACUUACUCACAAUUUCCUAGUUAUCAGAAAGCAAUAUACUUUAGUAUUUGGUUUAUUAUCUGACUAAACAUAUAUGAACACUUCUAACCAUAAGUCUAAAAAAAAAAAAAAGAACAAACCUGAAAAUACUAAGUAUUUCACAGUAUAAGCAAGUAUACUAUUAAACAUAGUGUGCAUGGAAGUGCUGUCACUCUCAGAAAUAACACAAUCUAAAUACUUUCAUUUACUGAAUUGUUAGUUCAAUCACUUGCAAUGCGAAACAGAAGACAAGAAGGAAUACUAAUAUCUUGUGAGAUAGUGAAAGGCAGCUCUGGAAGGCUUUGAAAAGACUGGAUUUUAUUACAGUCACAGAAGCUUUUCCUCUGGCACAAGGGAUGUUUGUGCCUUGCUGUGUUUCAGUCAGUGUGGGAGUUUUCAGUAACUCUUCAAAUGCAAUAGCAUGGACUGUGUUCACAUUUUGUUCUAUGGUCUGUUCAGUCCAAUACAUUUAAUGAGCAGCAGCAGCAUGUAGCAUUUGCAGGUUUUGCUGUAAUUACACAUAAAGCAAUACAAGUAAUUUAACUGAGGAAAUGAUGAAUUUUACCAUUUAUGUCUUCAGUUUAUCUUGGCUAGCAAGCAUAAUUUUACAAUAUGCAGAUCUGAUCAGAUUUUAAUUUAGAAGGUAUGCUAAAAAAUAAAUAGUACUGCCCAACAGGGCAAGAAGUAACUCAAGAGGAAAACUAGUUCGGGAUUUCCUCUUGUCGGAGUCAGAAGUCACCCUUAACAACAUGGCUUGACUUUUAAGCUCCAGGCCCGUCAGAAUUCCAUUCAAAUUGUUUUUGAUGAAUAAUUCCCACUUUCUCUUCCUCUGGCUCCCAUUCAAUUAUAUGUUCAUAACAAUAAUGUUAAAAGCACAUUCAAUUAAGUACAUUCCAUUAACUGUUUUACCAGCACCUUGAUUCUUGCAUCUUCAAGACAGAUGAGAAACAUGAUCCUGUUGUCUAUAAGGAAAUACAGAUUUAAUAAUUCAUUUACUUAGCCCUAUUCUGACAUCAGAGCUUAAAAGGUUAAAAUCCAUAUACAUGGUACAUCUUUUCCAAUACUACCUUUUCCACCUACCUGCCAGCUUCUUGAUUUGAAAUGCCUUGCUAUUGUGCUCUAUAUAUAGCAGGUUAUAAUUAAAUAUAGUUAAAUAUAAUUAAAUAUAGCUUCCUAGGGCUAGAGUCAUGUAGUUACAGCUCUCUACUGUUAUAAGAUGCCACUCACCUUACGGAACUAAUGAUUCUCACACCCAGUGAGUUAACUGGUGUUCACAGGGCAGCAGCCCUUUAUUCAUCAUGUAAAACAGGAGUGUAGUCCAAGGCUUCAGAAGGGUGGUUUUAUUUUUCAGGGUGAUAAGAUUCUGAAUGAAGAGCAGAGAGAUCCCUGCCUGUAUUUGAAGGAGGCCUGCAGGAUAGCUGGAGAGGGACUUUUUACAAAGGCAUGUAGUGACCAGACAAGGAGUAAUGGCUUCAAAGUGGAAGAAGCUGGGUUUAGAUUAGAUAUUAGGAAGACAUUCUUCCCCAUGAGGGUAGUAAGAAACUGGAACAGGUUGCUCAGAAAAGUUGUGGAGGCUUCAACCACAGAAGUGUUCAAAACCAGAUUGGAUAGGGCCUUGAGCAACCUGGUCUCAGAGGUGUCCCUGCUGUAGGAGGGGGAUUGAAACUAAACCUACUAAAUUGGAACUGAAAUCGUUCUAUGAUCUAUGAUGACUAUGAAAAAGGUGUUGAUAAAAUAAGCUGUAUCUUAUGGGUGACUCUCACAAAUGUAAUUAACUCCAGAGCCGAUGUACAUAUUUUUUUAAAAUAAAAAGGGGAUAUCAAAUUGAAGUGGAAUGUAUGUCACUUCAGGCACAGAAUUGAAAUUAGUGCUGUCUUUCAAAACGAGGCACGUUUCAGAGGUACAUAGCCAUGAUUGUUCAGCGAUGAACUGUUUUAUCAUGCACAUUCAACUUCUUUGCUUCCAGGGCAAGAUAGCUCCUCUUGAAAAAGGAGUCAGCUUUAUGAAAUAAAAAGGGGAUACCAAAUCAAAGUGGAAUGUAUGUCACUUCAGGCAUAGAAUUGAAAUUAAUGUUGUCUUUCAAAAUGAGGUGUAUUUCAGAGGUACAUAGCCAUGAUUGUUCAGUAAUGAACUGUUUUAUCAUGCACAUUCAACUUCUUUGCUUCCAGGGCAAGAUAACUCCUCUUGAAAAAGGAGUCAGCUUUAUGAAAUAAAAAGGGGAUACCGAAUCAAAGUGGAAUGUACAUCACUUCAGGCAUAGAAAUGAAAUUAAUGUUGUCUUUCAAAAUGAGGUGUAUUUCAGAGGUACAUAGCUAUGAUUGUUCAGCGAUGAACUGUUUUAUCAUGCACAUUCAACUUCCUUGAUUCCAGGGCAAGAUAAUUUCUCUUGAAAAAGGAGUCAGCUUUAUUUGAAGGAAGAUGUUGUCAAGCAGAAGAAUCAGAAAAUUUUCAGAGCAAUGUGUGCAACCACAUUCUUUAGACUAGACUAGAGGGGAAAUGACAAGGUAGAAAGAAACUCAGCAUGGUGUGGGAGGUUGUCUCUUAGAAAUGGAAACAAGUUCUUUGUUUAUUUCUUGGCAAUAUCUUUCUCUGCCAAACAAAAGCUCCUAUUUGGUAAUAUAUACGGCCAAGAGUCAGGAGCCACUGGCUCUUAGAAAUGUCUCUCUCAAGGUGGAAUAGUUUCCAGGUGUGUAUGAUGCAAAAUCAGUUCUCUCCACUUGGACAGCUGUAUUAGUUCCUAUAAUAAGAAGACUGUGCAAGAAAUCAGGAACCUACUUGCAAUUUCUGGAAUGGUGAUCAUGCCAAUGUGUUAAACCAAGCCAAGCCCCUUCACUUCUGUGGUGGAUAACGAAGAAAGGCAUUCAGCCCCUCCACUGCAAAGCCCAGUUGUCUACUCUGGACAGUGUUAUGGGACAAACAGAAAAUCCUUAUCAAGAAAAAACCAAAUUAUUAUCAACAGCACUCUUCAGGCAAGAGGAGCAAAGGAAACAUUUCAGUAGAGCUCAGCUCUGGGUGGCUAACAUUGUAACAAAAUGUUAAAACAAAAUGUAAAAACAAAAAACAAAAAUGAUGCACACUGGAAGUACACAAUCCACAGUUCCCAAAUAGAGAUUAUAAUGCCAGAUGUGUCUUUAGGAAAGGAAAUAACUGCAAAGAGGUUUGGGUUGUCUGUAUGAUUAACCCAAACACUUUCAAUGACACUAUAAUUGCUGCCAUUUGUACAUUUCUACAAUCUCACUUCUUACUGGAGCAAAAGCAAUUGCAAACCACACAAGGCCAGGUGGAAAGGAGGAGAGGUCCCCAGGAUGGCAAUGCCGUUUGGGAAUAAUUUCCAAUGUGAAUCCCUUUUAUUGCAUUCUUCCUAGAAAGCAGAGAACAUUCCAUCACAAUGAUGCCUUGAGCCUGUGCCAGUCACAUAAUCAUACUAAGCUAAUUCAUGAGCACCUGAAGCUAAUUCAUAUCAGAAUAUUAAAGAACUCAUCUAAAACUGCAAGUCACCAGUCAGAGGAAUUGCAAACAAAACUAUUACUGAGAGGAGACAGUGCCAAGUGACCCAGGCAAAGAGAUUAGAAGAUAAUAGUGCUCCCUACUGCAGGAUAAAAUGCAGCUGGGUCUAAGACACUUGCUACAAAGAGGUCCCAAAGGACAAAUUAAAAGUGAAAUAACAGCCUUCAUUGUGAAAGCACCUUGCUUUUCAAAAGUAAGUUAUUUUCAUGCUAUUUACAUUGGCACUGUUUUGGGAACAGACAGUAACAGCCUUUGCUUCUUAAUAGCUUUGAAAGUGCUUUACAGAAAUUUGCUCUCAUAAUGAAGUUAUUUCCCAUUUCUAAUUUUCGAGGGAUUAGCUUCCUUGUUUUGCUUUGAAUAGAGGCUCAGAAGUCCUGUAGACACAUCGCCCAUGACCUGGACCUUGGAGGACACAUUUUCUUUUUUUCCUCCUUCCUAAUCCAUGUCUGUCUACCUUCUUCAUAGAUGACUUUGUGGUUUGGGUUGUGUAGUGACAUAGAAAAUUAAAGUCCAGUCUCCACCACUUCCAUAUUAAAUCACAACCAUAUAAUUUCCCUACAUUUUUGUAUGAAGCCAAACUUCAUCCCAUUGGAGAGCAUCACAGCAAAUAAGACUGGGCCACAAACUUACACCACUGAGAUUCUUUCCAAAUUCUCGCAAACUGAGAUGCUUCAAAAAGCCAUGCUGAGGAAAGGUAAACUGGCCACACCGUAGUGAGUUUAGGCAAGUGAAGGCAUGUGGUUUGUUAAAUUAGAGGCUUUUCUGCUCUAUGGGGCAGCAGUAAGAAUUCUGCCAGACACCUUACAGAACAGACAAGGUGGAAGAAAAGUCAACAUCUAGGUUACUAAAAUCUGAGGAUAGAGAAAUACAACGUGUGUACUGAGAAAGUGAAGUUGUAGGUAACAGUGGAACAAGAUGUUUUGAGUCUGGCCAUCGGGAUUCAGCCACCCCCUUGUGAACCUGAGUACUCCUGGCUGCCAGGCAGCCUUCAGUCUGUGAGGGCAAAUACAGGUACUCUGUGUUCAGCAUCUCAAAGGACAAAACACUCUGUGAUAGUAUUAUAAUAGAAGCUUAUCCUACGCUUUGCUGUAUAGAACAAGUUACUGGAAAUACCAAGUAAUGCCACUGCACCCACCUUUUCACAGUUCCAUGUUGGUCUAAUAGAUACUCUCUGAUUUCUUUCUUCAUAUGGUGCUGCUGGACUCUGCUGUUAUGAGUGUGCAACUAAGUAAUAUAAGUGCUAUACUUACUAUUCCAAGGAGUUGUUAAUAAUUAUUAACAGUUUUGAAAAUAAGUAAUUUUGCUUGGCUGAACAAGAUGUAACAGAGCUAACGUUUUGUAGUCCUAACACAUUUAGCAAAUAAUGUGGUGUAUAUUUUUCACAUAAAACACUGGGUUCUCAAAAAAUGGACCGACUAUUUGUGAAUAUUUAGUUUAUGACUUUCUAUCUCAAUAGCAAAGGUGUGUAUGAUGUAUUGUAUUAAUUUAAGCAAAUAAAU